UAUUUCCCGUAAUAAAUAUAUAAAUAUGGAUAAAUUUAGUAUUUUCAGUGUAAUUUUCUUAAUAUCCUUAUUGGAAUUCACCAAUGGCCUUUAUUUCCACAUUGGCGAAACGGAGACGAAAUGCUUCAUCGAAGAAAUACCGGAUGAUACAGACGUCAUAGUAAUUUACAAGGCAGAGCUCUAUAAUCCACGAAGUGGUGGUUUUAUGCCUUCAUCUCCAGGAAUUGGCAUGCAUAUUGAAGUUAAGGAUCCAGGUGACAAGCUUAUCUUGUCGAGAGUGUACAGGUCAGAAGGAAAGAUCUUUUUAACUUCUCAUACACCUGGUGAACAUGUCAUUUGCAUGUACGCCAACCAUACUGUUUGGAUCAAUGGAUCUCAGCUGCGUGUGCACUUGGACAUUUUAGUUGGUGAACAUACAAUCAACUAUGAUGCUGUAGUACAAAAGGAGAAACUAUCAGAAAUGCAAUUGAGGAUCAGGCAACUUUUGAAUCAAGUGGAGCAAAUCACCAAGGAACAAAAUUAUCAGAGAUAUCGUGAAGAGAGUUUCCGUCAGACCAGCGAAAGCACCAACUCUCGCAUUCUUUGGUGGUCGGUCACCCAAAUUGCUGUUCUCAUUGUGAUGGGAGCCUGGCAAAUGUUGGAGACUCCAAAAACGGUGGAGGAGGGAAAAAAAGAAGAGAAUCAGAUAAAAAUAACAGGUGAAGACAAAUUGGUAAUAAAAGGGUCGUACAAGCUUUCCCCGACUUACGAACUCCAGGACUUAGGAACAUAAUUCUAAAAGCUCUAACUUGUUACAAGGUGAUAUAUU